ACUGUAACCCUUAAACGAUGUUUUUGUUUUUUCUUUUAAAUUAACACACUACAGUAUUAAUUUGUUCGUACUAUUUUAAGCAUGGUAUGUGGAGGCGGAGACUGGCAGCGCGUUGAGGUGGUAACUAGUUUCACUUUCAGCGUCUUUCAACUACACACAGUAGUACCGCCACUUACUAAAACGACUAUUUAUGCUCAAACUAAAAUGCAAUUAGCUUUCAGCUAACGUUACUUCACACGUAUAUUUAGUCAACAACAGCUGGAGCCGGGUAUCUUGUUGCUUUUCCCGGUUUCGUUGACGAAGAUGAGGCCCUGUCGUGCUCGCCUGUUGUUGGCCGGUUGGUUGGUUUUCAUCCUUUUUGUCAAGUUCGCAGCUUCAGAGAAAAAGGUUUACGGGAGACUGGGCGGCCAGGUUGACCUCAAACCAGAAGUCGUCCCUGCAGCUGACACCAGCAUCAUAUGGAAAGAAGGAGAAAAUCUCGCCAUGAAAUGGGAGAGACAGGAAAUACGUGCAUAUCGCCAGUUUAAAGAGCGUGGCCGUCUGAACAUCUCAACUGGAAUGAUGACAAUCACAGGACUGAUCCCAACUGACAGCGGACUGUACACACCAGAGAUCAAUAACAAAGUCGACACCCCAAUCCUCCUCGAAGUCAUCUCUGAUGUUCCUGUACCUACCCUUAAAUCUUGCGACAGCACAGUGAGUGUAUGUACACUGGUCUGUGAAGGAGACACAACAGGAGCUGGACCAGUCAGCUACACAUGGAAAGCAGACAAUAAAGAGGUGCCAGAAGUCUCUGGGAAUGAAUACAUCAUUAAGAAAGAAAUUUCAAAUAUAAAAGAGUUCAGCUGUGAACUGAAUAAUGAAUUCAGUCGGCAGAGCAGCAAUCCCAUCCCCAACCCGUUCGCCACCCCUGAAAGCAAACUAAAUAUUUUCAAAGGAGUCACAGUCUUCAUUUGUCUACUGCUGCCUGUGCUGCUGCUGGUCAUAUUUCACAAGUGCAAAACGGGGGUGUGUUUCUAUGAAAAGACAUCAAUGCCGUGGGAAGCAAACUUCUGGAAGAGGAACGAGAGGCCACGAGAGAGGAUUGCUGAAUCCAACGGCACCACUCGUGCUCAGCCAAGAGACCAAACGGAAGAGGAAACACCCAUGAAAUAGAUGGGCACCAGAUGAGGACCUGAAACUGGACCAUCUCCAAGUUCCAGACUGAAACUAAAAGGAUUUAGGAGAACUACAAGUACAACUGCAGGGCUUAAAGUGUUCCGGCACCUUGCCGGAUCUCCAGCUUUUCGCUUUGAGUCAGAAAAAAAAACAAAACUGUUACCUAUGGGUAUAGUGGUUGAGACUCUGAAUUGUAGAAAAUGAAUUGAACAAUGAACAAUGUUAAAGUCGGAAAUUACACAUAUUCGAAAAUAAGCAGAACUUGCUGCUGCAUGUUUUCAGUGUUCAGCAAAUAGUGACAAUAUACCACACUUCGUUUUCUCCGCCGAGUUCACCUGUAGCGUGAACGUUGUCUCUGAGUGGUCUUGAACGCAGCAUCCAAGCCAAUGGUUGUUUCACCGAAAUCAUAUUUAAAAUAAGAUGUAGAGUAAAUUCAUGAAGUCAGAGAAAGACGUCCUAAUUGCACCUCCGCUCCCUGGAAAAAAGUUCAUUUUCAGGAAUUUUUUUUUACUUUAAGCCCUGCAACUGAUCUACAAGUGGCUUUCAAAUGCCACACAAGCACAUGAUUGGCAGUUAAAAUAAGGAGACUUAAGGGGACAUUUCUCAUAUUUAGGCACUUUGAAAAAGGUUUGACAUUUUAUGAUGGUGUUACAUAUUAAAUGGGACAUUUUACGAAGUCAUCAGCUGCUGAGACCAAUAGUUUGUAGAUCAGAAUAAACAAGCACCACAAAGAGGAAACAGAAUAGAUUGAAGGUCAUAAUUUAACAGAAGCUGGGCUGCAGAGAAGCAGAGCAGAUCUAUCUUCGGCUCAAAGUUUUCUCAAAGAGCCAGAGAGCAUUUUAAACAAUUCCAGGAAACCCAGCAAAGUGUGCUUUCCUGUGACGGUCUGCAUAUCUGACUCAGACUAGUACCACCAACUUAAAAACCGAGGGCUGCGGGUGAUUGUGAUCCAACAUGUCGGAGGACCUGAGCUGACCGGAGGACAGAAAGGAAGCCAUUGUGUGGUUGAAGCGGCCAGUUCAACAAACAAUCAAAGCUUUGUACAGUGCUGCCACUACAUGCGUGGAGCUGUUUGUGUGAGUUUGUUUUGAGGCAAAUCUCCAAAUU